AUUAACACAGUCAUAUUCACAUUUAUUGCAUCACUAACCCUAAGCAUCCUCCUAACCGCACUAAACUUCUGACUCUCCCAAACAAACCCAGACGCAGACAAACUAUCCCCAUAUGAAUGCGGAUUUGACCCACUAGGAUCCGCCCGACUUCCUUUUUCCAUCCGAUUUUUCCUAGUAGCCAUCCUAUUCCUCCUAUUCGACCUAGAAAUCGCACUACUCCUCCCCCUGCCAUGAGCAGUACAACUACAAUACCCAGCCAUAACCCUAGUCUGAUCAACCGCACUCAUCCUAGUCCUAACACUAGGACUAGUAUACGAAUGAAUCCAAGGAGGGCUAGAAUGAGCAGAAUAA